ACAAAACAAAAUAGGCUCUCAAUUAUUAUUCCGAAUUAGGUAAAACAAAGUAAAAUAAUACACGAUUAAGUUUAACUCAACUAAUUAAUAAACUAGUGAUCAACCAUAUUUAAAAAAGUAAUCGACUAAUUAAUUACACACAGCUACCACCAAAUUGUGAUUAAAGCUACAUACCAAACCACACUUUUUUUCAUCCCCUACAAAUUGAAGACACCUUUGAGAUAUCAAUCAAGAUCAGCACAUAACACAUAUGAGCAUAAUUAAUUACUAAAAAAAGCUUGUUCGUCAUGGCCGGGAGUAUUUCUUUAGGUGUGAAAUGUCUUGGGUUUAUUGUGGUUAUGGUGAUGGUUGUAGCCACACAAGUGGAAAGUGCCAUAACUUGUUCGGAAAUGAAUAAGAGCCUUUCUUCAUGCCUGAACUACCUUAAGAGCGGUGGUUCUGUCUCGACGGAGUUCUGCAACGCGGUUAAGACGAUGAACAUCCAGGCCAACACGUUGCCCAACCUCAAGUCCAUCUGCAACUGCUUGAAAUCGGCCUAUUACAGCAUCAAAGGUAUCAACCUCAAUCUUGCCGCGGGACUGCCCGCCAAAUGCAACACUAAAACUUCUUACCCGAUCAGUCUCUCCGUCAAUUGCACCAUUUUGCAGUGAGUUUGCAUUGGUGAAGCGCGUAUAAUCGUGAUUUCAAGCAUAUAAAUAUAUAUUUAUAGCAUCAUUCGAGAAUAAAGCGUGUGGGUGUUUAUAUAUCCACAAGUACACGAAACUCCAUCCUAUAUGAGUACGUAAUGGAAUUAUUAUAAACAAUCUUUAUUUUUUAUUAUUAUUAUUUGUUAGUAGUCACGGUUAUAUAUCAGUUUUAGAUUAUAUAUAUAAACAGGCAGGUUUUCUUAAA